AUGAUACCAUCAGUUUGUGAACACCAAAGUCCAUCUGAAACACCUACAAAAUCAUCAAAUGAUCCAGAUCACGAAUUAUUACCAUCCCGUACACGGUUAUCAUUAUCAAAUAGCUUAUGUAUACAGCCGAAUGAUCAUUCCUAUUCCAAUAAAGACCAACCAAUUUACACAACUAUCAAUACAUCAACAAUACCAUUAACGUCAGAAAAUGAUGUGGAUAUAUAG